UUCCUGGACCCUGUGCAGAGAUGUUGCUAGGGUCUUUCUAUGCGUUAUUUGCGGGGUUUUGGGGUGCGGCAGCUUCUUUGUCUGCUAAGCUGACCCUCGGUGCGGAUUACCUCAGAGACAUGUGUGAAUCCUGGACCAGACAGACGGAGACACACGGAGAGACUGCAGUUUGUGACUGGCUCCACAUCCCUCUGCGGCUGCUGUGUGCUGGUCUGCUGUUCACCUGUAACACCGUCAUGUGGACCUUCUUCUCCAAAGCUCUCAGGCACUGCUCAUCCUCAGCCAGGGCCACCGUCACUACCACUGCAUCCAACUUCAUCUCCUCAGCUGUCAUGGGGAGGCUGAUUUUCGGAGAGACCCAUGCAGCUCUGUGGUGGGUGGGCAUCUCUCUCACUCUUUGUGGACUGCUGGUGCUUCAUGGAUCCACACCUCAGACUCUUUCACAAGAAGAGGAGAAAAAGGACACGUGAGGCAGCUUUGGCUCCUCACAAGUAUGCAGACUCUGCUGUUCAGCCACAGUCACAAAAACUGUGGGUCGACACAUAAUGUAUCUUCUCAGGGAUUUUAAAGUUCUUAUGGAAAAAUGAAAUUCCCACAACAUCAGAAACAACCAAAAAGACAGUGUAAAACUCUUACAGAAAGCUGGGAACACAUUACGAGAUAAUUGUGCCGGUUGUCUGCCUGAUUUUGCUCGGCUUACCAGAGCUUUCUAAAGAUUAUCUUGACGUAUUUUUCUGUGGUGUGGUACGGGUGAUCUAUUUUUCCUCUCCGAUUUUCUCGGAAAACUAUCCGAGCUGCCCUGAGUUGAGAUUGUAACUAUUAAACAUGCUCAGAAUUUACAAUCAGCAAUCAGGAUGUAUUAGGGGAACACUGGAUUGUGAUGUGGAGUAGAACAAACGCCACUAAUCACAAGCUGACCAAAAGAGGAAGCACAACAAACACAGCUAUGGCAGUGAUAGUAAAGGAAUGGAGGAGCAACUUGUUGAUUUGUGGCAACAACAUUACUGCUUUAGGCAUGUAGGGGGCUUGUAUUGCUCUCUCUCAACCCCUGGGUUGUGGCAUAUUGGGCCACAAUUAGGGCUGAAUGAUUUGAAAAAAUAAUCUGAUGUAUUUUUAACAAACACAAGUAAAAAUCAUUCUAGAUAAGGCUGAAUUAUUUUGAGAAAAGGCCAAAUGAACCAUUGUUUUGAAGGGAAUGAUCAUUUUUAUGUCAUUCCCAAUGUUAAUUAGAAAACAUUUACAAAAAAGAGGAAAGUAGGAUUUAUUUUUCCAAUCUGUUCUAGCAAAGAAAUUACAUUUGAAUGUUUGCAUGUGUGGAGCUUAACAUCUCUGCUGCAAAAAUAUUAGCUAUAAAGUGGAGUUUUGAAACACAUUUCAGGUUAAAUAAAAGUUGUACCUCCUGCAAUUUGAAAAAUGCAGCAAGACAUUGCGAUUUAAUCAAAAUUUGGAUCGAUUGCCCAGCCCUAGCCACAACCCAGGUCUGGAGAGAGGCGGCUAGAGUCAAGCUUGACACGUGUAGAAACACGUAGCUGUAGAUCAGCAGCCAAGGUCAAGCUAAACAGCAUUUCUUUCAUCCAGACCUUGUUUCCCCUGGUGAUACACCCAGAGACCACCAGCAUUUUUCAGGACCCUGGCAACCCUACUGCUCACCCAUACUGUACCCUAGACCAGUGGUUCUCAACUGUGGGGUUGGGACCCAAAAGUGAGUUGUGAAGCUCUUUCCAGUGGGUUGCAAAUGUGUGCUCGAAAAAAAAAAAACAUGGCAGAUAUUCUAUAUACAAUAGACAGGGUGAAACCAUACAUUCUUUAAAGGUUUUCCUAUAACUAAGAGCAAAGUUAUAUUGGUGUCCCCAAUAUAACAAGGAAAUUCCUGAAAAUAAUUAACAAAAUUUGCUGUCUUGGA